UACAUUUUUAUUCAGCAGUAAAAUGUAUAUCCAUUUUGAUCAGCGUCCUCCGCCAUCUACUGAGAUGAACAGUUGCUGUUACAGGCUACAAAGGCAAGAAAAGUUGGCCUUCUGUUCUACUCUAUUUGGUGGCCACAAUAGAGGAACCAAAGAGUGUCAGACCCUGUGCAUGAAUCAGAGUACACCACCAAGUUUCUAUCCGUGUUACACAGUAUAGUAUUAAUCGAACUUUUUCUGUGAGCCCCCUGUUGAUAACAAAAUGAAUGGACCAUAAUCCAGCAUCCAGCAUGUGAUAUCAUUAAAUGCAAUGUUUCUUGUUCGCCCGAGCAUAUCUAUCAUUUUCAUGCAGUCCUAUGCAAUAUCUUGCUGUUAUGUUGCCUUUUUCUUUCAUCUAAUGUUCACUGGCAAUAUAGCCUUCAGUUGAUCGUUCACUGGUAGUCACUUCUCUGUGAUUCUACCAACUUAACGCUCAUAAUUUGUUAUCAGUGUCUUGCUCUGUGUAGUUUCAAGUAAGGAGAAGGCUGUGUCUUCAUGGAGGCUUGAAACCUAGUUUGCCAAAGCAGCAUGACGUUACGGUUCCAGUAUUGCAUCCGAAACUUGCAGCGUAUACGUAGAUGCACGUAACCCGAGUGCGUAAAAACCAGGGAGGGGGCGGCGGUGUCGGAGAGCAUCGUGUUGGUUGAGAUCGACGCGUGGCAUUCAAUGGGAAUCGCCACUGGCUGAGUGAUAAGACUUCACAGCCCAAUUCUGUAGACUUUGGUAGCUUCGGCUCUGCUGGAUUUGUGGGUAUGAACUGUUGUCCAAUGCACAGAGAGCUCCCGCCAACCACCUGCAUUGAAUUCUUGCUCUAUAUAUCUAUGCUUCAGUCGCUCAGAGCUCAAACACAAAAGAGGAGCGAGUCCUCCUUUCCUUGAGGGUGUCGAGGAGAUGGGCAGGGCUGUGAAGUGCGCGUGUAGCCUCGGACUGAUGGUCCUGGCGAUGGUGAUGGUUGUGGGGAUCGCUGAAGGGCGUCGGCUUGAGAAAGAUAACUUGCUUGGCGGUGGUGGGAUCGGAGGAGGGUUCGGUGGUGGAGUUGGUGGGGGCUUUGGUGGCGGGACUGGUGUCGGUGGUGGCUUUGGAGGUGGUAAAGGUGGAGGGGGUGGUUUUGGUGGUGGUGCUGGUGCUGGUGCUGGUGGCGGGGCUGGAGGUGGCUUUGGAGGUGGAGCUGGUGGAGGUGCCGGUGCUGGAGGUGGCUUUGGAGGCGGCAAAGGUGGUGGUAGCGGGAGUGGUGGAGGUGGUGGUUCUGGCGGUGGAUUUGGAGGUGGCAAGGGUGGUGGAGCUGGUGGAGGCGGUGGCUUUGGAGGUGGCAAAGGUGGUGGAGCUGGAGGAGGAGUUGGUGGUGGAGCAGGUGGCGGAGGUGGUGCCGGUGGUGGCUUUGGGGGAGGCAAAGGAGGUGGAGCUGGUGGGGGUGUAGGUGGUGGAGCCGGUGGAGGGGUUGGAGGCGGAGGUGGAGCUGGUGGAGGUGCAGGUGGUGGCUUUGGGGGAGGUAAUGGAGGUGGAGCUGGUGGAGGUGUAGGUGGUGGAGCCGGUGGAGGUGCUGGAGGCGGAGGUGGAGCUGGUGGUGGUGCUGGCGGAGGAAUCGGAGGUGGAGGUGGUGCUGGUGGCGGGGUUGGCGGUGGCUCCGGCGGAGGUUUUGGAGGAGGAAUCGGGGGUGGUAAUGGAGGGGGCUUUGGCGGAGGAGGCGGCAUUGGUGGAGGCUUUGGAGGCGGCAGCGGUGCAGGUGGUGGAUUGGGCGGUGGAAUCGGGGGUGGCGGUGGAGGAGGAGGUGGUGGUGGGUUCUAAACGGUUCGCACGAAGUUUGAAGUAAGCCUAAGCUAUUUAUACUCCUAUCUCAUGUAAUGGGAAUUAGUAUAUUCCCAGAAAUAAAUAUUACGUAGUUUAUGGAUAUACUAUUCUCUCUCUCUCU